GAAUGCAAAAAUGAGCAGUACUAAUGAUCCUGAUAAACCAAAAUCAUCUAUAUUAGAAUCGCCUACAAGGCGUGAAUUUCUCUCAGUUGAAGUUGUCAAACCAAGGCCUUUGCUAGAUGGAAUAUAUGUCAGUUUUUGUGUUGGUGAUAAUGAUGAUUUUUGUCUAGAUACACAAGAACUAAAAGAAAGUCUCGAGUCGUAA